GUCGGAUUCCCCCUAAAAACAAGAAUAAUUAUUUUAAUUGAAAUGCGCGGUGGACGAGGUGGUGGUGGUCGCGGCUUUGGCGGUCGUGGUGGUAGCCGAGGCCGUGGCGGUGGUCGCGGUGGUGGGCGCGGUGGAGGCCGGGGUGGGAGAGGUAGCGGCCCUAACAAAAGUAACGGGAAGCCAUCUAUCAAGGGAAAUGUAUUCCUUCCCCACGUCAGGUUUCAAGGCUGUUUCCUUCUAUCUGGUAAGGACACCCUCUCUACCCGUUCUCUUGUUCCCGGUGUGUCGAUCUACGGUGAGAAGCGCUUGAACGGGACUGUAGCGGGUGAGGCGGAGUCUCAAGAGUUUCGUGUGUGGAACCCAUACCGCUCUAAGUUGGCCUCCGCGAUUUAUGCUGGUGUGGAGCAUAUUUAUAUGGAACCUGGCUCUACGGUGCUUUACCUUGGAGCUGCGAGCGGCACCACCGUUAGCCAUGUUUCAGAUCUGGUAGGCCCUGAGGGUUUAGUCUACGCGGUGGAGUUUUCUCAUCGCAGCGGACGUGACCUAGAGGAGAUGACCAAGCGCCGAAAUAACAUCGUACCUAUUCUUGAAGACGCCCGGUACCCACAAAAGUACCGAAUGCUGAUUCCUCAUCUUGUGGACUGCAUUUUCAUGGAUGUUGCUCAACCUGAUCAGGCACGCAUCCUGGCCCUCAAUGCGCAGCACUUUUUGAAGGAAAAAGGGGGAUUCGUAAUUUCUAUAAAAGCAAACUGUAUUGACUCUACUGCUGAUCCUGCGACCGUUUUUGCAUCCGAAGUUCAGAAGCUCAAGACCUCAGGUCUUCGUCCGAAGGAGCAGGUUUCCCUAGAGCCUUUUGAAAGGGACCAUUGUGUUGUCACUGGCAUUUAUAAAAACCCACCACAACAUACGGAAUAACUAACCAUACUUCAUCAGAAUUAUUAAAUCAGAACAUUUAAUUUGAAGUAAUCGUAAACGUUUCUUAAUAAAUCUUUUUAAGCCCCUUUUCAUAUAGAUGCUUAUA